GGCCAUAUGACCAGAGUGAGGAAAGACAGAGACAGAGAGAGAGCUAGAGAGGGUGUGAGAAUGAGCUGAGCAUUCUGCUUUUGGAUAGAGGACAUCAGAGAUGAAGAGUAGGGAUGAAGAAUGUUCAGAAUAAUCCAGGAAUCUUCUGAGUUUUCUGAUUGGACACUUUGAAAAAAGCUCUUCGUCAUUUCAGACAAUGCAGGAGGAUGACCGGACAACUGCAUCAUCUCAUCUCUACAGGAGCUGGAAGAGUGAUGGCCUUUGUAAUGAACUGUGUUGUGAUUCUUCUCAUGACAACCAGCUGCUUCACCUGGUCUUCAGCUGUAUAUAACCCCAACAGAGAAGCACCCAGGAAACUAAAAUAUCUCCUUGAGCCACUGGUUUACCCAGAAAUUACCGGUCGGAGGGGAGAUAAUGUCACGUUGCCCUGUAUCCUCAUAUCCAGACCAAGCCAUUACAAGGUUAAAUGGACAAAGCUGGAGCCUGGAUUUGUUGGGCCGGAGAACAUCAUCAUGAUAUCAAAUGCACGUGCUUUCAAGCCAUACGGCCAUCUUGGACAGAGGGCUUCUCUCCGGAAGGCCCACUCUAUGGAUGCCUCCUUGCAACUCAGUAAUCUUGCACUGGAAGAUGGGGGCAUGUAUCGUUGUGAGCUCGUCAAUGGCAUUGAGGAUGAGAAUGUUGUCAUUACUUUGAGGAUUGAAGGUGUGGUUUUCCCAUAUCAGAGUAAAAAUGGCCGCUACAGAUUCACUUUCCAUGAAGCCAAGGAUGCCUGUGCAGAGCAAGAUGGCACAUUAGCCACGUAUGACCAGCUUUUCAGGGCUUGGGCAGAUGGUCUGGACUGGUGUAAUGCUGGUUGGCUUCAGGAUGGCACCGUACGUUACCCGAUCAUUCUACCUCGACCCGUGUGUGGAGUGGAACAGAACCCAGGCAUUCGCAGUUAUGGGACAAAAGAUAAGAAUCGUGAUCGGUUCGAUGCUUUCUGCUUCACCUCCCAAACUGCUGGGUCUGUCUUCUACAUGUCGGGAUCUUUCUCCUUCGAGCAGGCAGGACAUGCUUGUAAACAUCAGGGGGCUGAGUUGGCAUUGGUUGGCCAGCUUUACGCAGCUUGGCAUUUCCAAAAGCAGGAUCAGUGCGAUGGCGGUUGGCUAAAGGACGGCAGUGUGCGGUUCCCCAUCAGCAACCCCAGGAAGCGAUGUGGAGGCAUUCCAGAGGCAGGGGUGCGCUCAUUUGGAUUCCCCAAUAAGACAACACAUCUCUAUGGAGCGUAUUGCUACAGGUAGCCCCCCCCACACCCCCUAUUUAUGUGUGAAACCCAGAGAGACCAAGACUUCACUGCGCAGUUUAUACUACAGCUUUAAGUUUAAUAUCACUGGAUGCUAACAGUGUCCGUUAAUUAUUUUAGAUUACACAGUCUGUUAGAUUACACAGUCUGUUAGGACAAAAGUGAAUAAUUGGGAGACUAAAAGUAAUCUGUAAAAAUUGUGUUGAUGUACAUAUACGACCAUAUUCCACUAACCAUGUAAUAGCCUUCAUGACAGCACUGCGUGAAUUAAACGUGACCCUGUGAGCUCAAUCAAGCAGUUUAAAGGGAUUCAAAGGAUAAAAUGGCUCAUAUGCGUAUUAACUACAUGAUGUUAAUUAAUUUAUUAAAUACAAGUAUCUUCACAU